AUGAUGUUUUUUGUUUUAUCCCACUUAUCUUUCUCCGCUGGCUUUCUCUCCGAAAUGAAAUGCAACAUGUGCUCUAAUAAGGUUGAAAAGUCUAAAGCUAACUUUACCCAAUUCUGGAAAGAAUACGAUUUCACAGAAAAUUGCAAGAAAUUAUCACGAAAUAACUUUGACACAUGUAUGAAAGCUGCCCCAGAAGUAAUGGAAACGCUUUUCAAUUCUGCUGAGCCAAAAUCAGUUUGCAGAAUGAUAACAUUAUGUGACCCAGCUCCCAAACCACCAAAACUCAAAGCAAAAUCUAGUGCAUCAAUAGCCAAUUUGUACAAAGAAUUUAAUCCAUGUCAAUAUUCGAAAUUACUUGCAGAUUAUUUAAGCGGUAAAGGUUUGAAGAGUUAUACAAUCCCUGUCAUCAAGAAAUCAUUUGUUGAGUUAGGAGAUUCAUUCCCUUCUCUAAAAUCAUACCUUGGUUCGGCAACAGAUCAAACUAUCACAGAUUUUGUUUAUUCUCUAUUCGAAACUUCUACUCCAGCUGAAUUUUCAGCCCAACUAUCCAUAUGUACAAAGAAGGAAUUAUAA